AUGAGGCCCAAUCAUCCUUAUACAAUAACAUUUCCUAUCUGGUAAUGUGAUCAAUGGACUGCGUUAAGGGGACGUCUGAAACAAACUGAUAAAUAAGUUAUCAUAGCCAGAUGGAGCAAUACUAUGUAUUUAGAUGAAGAAUUGGCAUUAUUUGACUAGCAUCAUCGAAUUUAACCAUAGAAGGAUAUUAUAAUUCAUAAACCUUAAAUAUUAUUACUUCCAUCAAUAUUAUAGAUAGUUAGAACUAAUACAUAUACAGAUGUUUUAAUAGAGAAUAUUUCUGAAUGGUUUUUAACUAAUGGCGAUCUUUCUAAAUUAUUGCUAAUAUAUUUUGGAUAUGAUCUUUAUUCAGGUUGUUCUCCACGUGAUUGCACUUUAGAGAAUAUAAUUAAAAAUGGUGAUUCAAUAAUUAUUCUAGAUUUUGGUUUGAGAAAGCGAACCUAAAAAUACUGUGUCUAUUGGAAUCCCUUAAUCCUUAAAGGUAUGCCUUGUAGAUCUUCUUAUUAAUGGUCUCUAGGAAUUAUUUAUUUAGUUAUGACAUAAGGGACAUACAUUCUGAAUGAGGUUUAAAAGCAUAUAACUGCAUGGUUGAAAGGAGGAACAUUGGACAUUGGGUUUUUGAUUAACAAUAAAAAGUAGUCAAUCCAAGAUUUAAUAUCUUCACUUUUGGAUCUGGAGAAUCCUAUAGCUUGGAAUGAAAUCCCUAAUCAUCCAGCCUUUAGAGAAGAUAAUGCUUGUAAAUAAAUUUUAAAGGAGUUUAAAGGAAAAUUCUAUAAUAAUGAAGUAAAAAGUCGAUCUUCAUCAAGAACUAAUAGUAGAAAUGAAAAUAGUAAUUAAAUUAGCAUUAUGCCUUGCCCUUAUGGAUUAUAGAAUCCAAAAAUUAGCGAGUAAAAUAAUCAUAAUCAAUAACUUAUAACAAAGGUUAGCAAUUUAUAAAAAUCUCAUCAAGAUAGAGUUCGUAACGCUUUGGGCAAUUUGUAUUCAUCUGUAUUAAAUAGACAUGCAUCAACAUCAUAAACAAAUAGAUAAACAAUCUAAAUAAAUAGCAGCCCUAAUAAGUUUAAUCACUACUUUAACUCUACAAAAAUGUUGCCAAAAUCUAUAAAAUCCCCUUCCAACCUUGGUUUUAAAGCUUUAAGGAGUUAAAAUUAAGCUAGUAAUUAAAAUACCGGUUCUGAUUCUCAUAGAUAAUCUGGUGAUGCUUCGAUAGAAAAUAUCAUUAAACCGUCUUAAAAAUAAGAUUCUUUUAAUGUUACUAUGAGAAUGAGGGUUUCCUCAGCAAAAGAAGACAUAACCAGGUUAUAAUAAAGACCGAGAAAUGGCUCAACACAUUCAUUUUUGCAUUUAGAACCUAAAUAAUAAUAAUAAAAUCAUCAAUAUUAGGCAUCUAAGAAUUACAAAGAAGUUUAAUAAAUUUAUUAAUAAAGUGAAAUUUAGAAGGUUGAAGGAGUACAAUAAUCGAUUAAAAAUAACGAUUAAUCAGAAUAAUAACAACAAAGAUAAUAAUAAUAGCAAGAAUAAAAAAAAUAGCAAUAGCAAUAACAAUAAUAAUAAUAAUAACAGCAACCUCAAUAACAAUAACUUCAAUAACAACAAUAAUAAUAAUAAGCAAAACCACAAUCUUAAUAAUCGCAAUAAUCUUAACCAUAACUUUAUGAGAAUUUUUUAAGCGAUACUGAAAAUCACAUAGAAAUAAUUUAAAGGAAUUUUGCAUUAUUUUAAUAAAAAUAUAAUAGAUCUUUAGAAGCAAUCAAUUUGAUUGGCUAAACAGUAGCAAAAUGUUUAACUUUCUUUAAUGCAUUAUAAAAUGCUUGGGUAAUUCCUCUAUUCUUAGUCUUCAAGCGUAUGCUAUAAUUAAGAAAGUAGGUUGAGAAUUUAUUAUAAGAAAAAGUAAAUUCCUUUAAUAUUAAUUAUUGGGAAGAGAUAACUUAAAGUGUUGAAUUUGAAAAUUAUUUAACUAAGGUUUAGUAAGACAAUUAACUUGUGUAAUCAGAAUUAAGUAUAUUGCUAAACUCAGCUAAAGCGAAAGCAGAAAAGUUAGAUAAAUCUAGAAGGGAUAAAGUUGAAUGGUUUUUAAAUGAUGAUCUGGAGGAUAAAAUAAAAGAUGUUUGUAAUACAUAUUUUCAUGGAUAGAUUUACAAGAAUAUUAAAGACAAGAAGGGAAUAGCACGACCAAAUAUAGAGUGGCUGAAAUUACAAAUCUAGGCUUAAGCUUCCAUAAUCAUAAUUGAGUUACCUAUUUUCACAUGUGAUAAGGAAAACUUUACUUAUGAAGGCUAUUUAUCAGCAUUUGAAUUAACAGAUGAAGCUUAAAUUUACUAAUACUUAAAUAAAUAUGAGGAUUAUCUCGAUCAUAAAUGA